AUGACGAGAUGGUUGUCCUUCUUCGCGGAAUACAACUUCCGGGUCGAGUAUAAGCCCCGGAGGUUGAAUGUCGUCGCGGUCGCGUUGUCGCGACAACCAGACUACGCUAUCAAGACAGCCGGUAUCAACAGGAUUGAUGUCGCUCGGACCUACACACCGUCGUCGUCCUUGUUGGACGAGGUGAAGGCCGCGUAUGCGCAUGACACAGACGCGAAGCAGCAGAUCGAGUUCCUCUCAGCUCCUUCCGACAAAGCACGUCGGAAGUUGGCCCCUCGUCUACGAGCGAGUGCACAUCGGUAUCGUGUGCACGACGGUCUACUGCUUUACAGCGCUGUAGACGACAAUGCGUUCCGCAUUGUCGUGCCGAGUGAUCCUGACCUGCGCAGCAGGAUCAUGUACGAGUGUCACGAUGUCCCCAAGGCGGGACAUCCAGGACGUGAGAAGACGUACUCCCUUCUUACGCGAGACUUCUAG